AUGCUGGAGGGUAUGUCCCGUCGCGGUCGCUCCCUGCUCUCCCUGACCUUGACCACUCUGGCUCUGGCCCUCUCCAUCCUGGCUCUCUCCACCUCUUACUGGUGUGAGGGCACCCAUAAGGUGGUGAAGCCGCUCUGCCUGUCGCCCGUCAAAAUGAAGAACUGUGGUCAGAACAACAGCGAGCCUUACACCACAGAGAGUCCCACUCAGAACCCCUUCAACCGCACCCUGUCUCCUGCCAGGAGGGAUGAGCUGGCCAGGAUCAGACAGAGGCAGCUGGCCAAUGCAGUGCACUACAUCUGGGAGACCGGUGAAGACAAGUUUGCUUUCAGAUACUUCCACACAGGUUUCUGGGAAAGCUGCGAGAAACACAACGAUGGGGAGAAAUGUCGAAGUUUUAUAGAUCUAACGCCUGGAGAGACGCAAGGUGUACUCUGGCUGUCAGUGAUUUCAGAGUUUACAUACAUCGGCCUGCUCGGGAUGGGCUUCUUACUGAUGUGGCUGGAGUUCUUGUGUUCCCAUAAAGAGAUGCACUCACUAAAAAUCAAUGCCUAUGCAGCUAUCUGUACUGUGUUAUCAGGUCUUCUUGGGAUGGUGGCCCAUAUGAUGUUCACCACAGUAUUUCAGAUGACAGUCAUUGUGGGACCCAAGGAUUGGAGGCCUCAGUCCUGGGACUACGGCUGGUCAUUUGCUCUUGCUUGGGUGUCCUUCAGUUGCUGUAUGGGUGCUGCUGUGGUCACACUCAACUCCUACACGAAGACCAUCAUCGAGCUCCGCCGCAGACAGAGAUUGCGUUUGGAGGAAGCAAGAGCCACCACUCACGCUCCUGCUUAUGAUGAGGUCGUUCCAGGAGGUGGGCUUUAUUCUGUAAGUGGCCUAUUGCAGUGUCCAGAGGGCAUGAUUGACGUGGCGUGGGCUCCAAAUGGCAGCGUUGUCGGAGUGGGAAAUGGGGACGUACCUACACUGGUUUUGGUGGGCGGCUGUGGGCCAGAAGGUUGUGAAGACUGUGAGAGGGAGAUGGAUGAAAUGGAUGAGGCCAUGGACCGAGUUGAUUCACCCUGUUAGGACUCUUGACUUUCAAUGAAUUUGGGAGAAACUUGUCACAUCGGAGGGCUGGUGAAAUCAUAUCACAGCGAAGGACUACAAUGUAUGUAGAGAUCACACCGACAUUCAAGACUGCGUGUUGUCUGGGUGUUUCUCAGUGCCUCAUGGUUUUAAAUCAUCUCUUCAUGUAAAUCAAUAUUAACCUUUAUGUAAUUGUAUUAUUUAGGUAUUACAUUGCAAUUUUAUCUAAAUUAUUGUUUCAUUACAAAUUCUUGUUCAUUACAUAAACAGGAUGAAUGUUUCUUUGCCUGGACAGCCUGCCCCCCCACCCUCCUUAAAGAAAAAUCCAAAUAUAUUCUCAUUUCUCUCAGCAGGACAGUCAGCAUGUUUCCUUCAUCAAAAUCUCAUCUCUCUUGUGUCAAAAUUCUACCAGUGACAGCGUUUCAAACAAAAUCAAAGCCUGAUCUUCAACAAACAGCGUCUUUCUACAGAGGCAAAGACAAACCAGUAAGAUAGACACAUAGAGAAAGAAAGAUUACAGAGAUUUUGAAAAGUCUGCUCUCUGAUGUUGAACAGAAGAUUAUGUGUAAACCAGUAAUCCCGAGUUGGAUGGGAAGAAGGAGGAGGAAUAAGGGUGAGGAGAGACUGUAGGCAUGUGAAGGGAUAGGGACAGAGAGGGUGGAGGGGGGAGCACACCCAAAGAGUAAACACAUACAUUUAAAGAGGCUGCACACAAUUUUAAGGGAAAUAUUGUUUGAUAUUAUAGACUGCUUCAUACAAUGUCAAAUUUAACACUUUUUUACAAAAUAAUUUAUAUCACCAAAAAAAUAGAUGAUUAACCUUAACUGCCUGAAGGUUAUACAUUUGGGAUAAUCCUGGAUUUACUGCCAGGGAUAAAUACAAUCGAAACAUUAAGACCAAGAGCACCAAUUUUUGUCAGCUGACAGCAUCAUAUUAUUUUGUAUGUUUCUGGGUCAAAGGCGUGUUUAUUAUUACUGUGGGAGAGAUAAAUAAAUGGAUCAUCAAAGCACAGAUGUAUGAGAAAUCCUUUAAUUUAUUGUCAAGUGAAUAAAGUUUAACACUUGAGAGCUACAAACUCUAGAGGAGGAAUCUAAGGAAAUCUAAGAAAGGAAAUCUCUAACUGUUGAAGCCAAUUGUGAUGCAUUUCUUCCAAUCCCAGGUUUCAU